CAUUGUUAAGGUCAGCUAAAUGGAACACCCCUCCCUGAUCACGGAUCAAACGACCAUCGCAACUAAUCCACGGUAUUCUUUACGUAGGAUUACAAAACCUCCAUCUUGAAAAAAGCAACAAGGUCCUACCACUUGAUGCCAUUACAAUAGAUACAAGAUGAGGCCCGAUGUGACCUCACAAUGAGGUUUCUCCUACGACUGAUCUUACUGGGAGUGGUGUAUGUGAUUCUGUGUGUCUCCCCUACCCAUGGCCAGGAUUUCUGGCCCGCACAUGAGUUUUACAAUGACCGCUUCAGUACUUUCAUGACAGUUGAAUAUACAGAGGAUGAGACUCGAAAUGGAAUGUUCACUCAAGAGGAUACUGUUGAUUCGCCCUACCGUUACCCCAGGCCAGGUGACCCAUGUCUAGGUUGUGAAUGUGACAUCGACGCUGGAACAGUAGAGAACUGUUUAGGACCAGUCGUGUCACUGGUAGGACAGACAUUUACAAACAUCACCAACAAUACAUUUCCAGAUCCCACUCUUAUCACAGACAUUACAAUCGUAGACUGUCCAAAUUUUGCCAAGACCAGUGAGAAUGUAUUUCAAGGUAUGGUGCAGCUUGAGACCAUGUUGAUACAAGACACCCUGCUUGAGAUUAUUCCAGACCUAUCUGAUACUAUACUCACAAAACUGAAUCUUAAUCACAACAAAAUCCAUUUUGAUACAAGGAAUUAUACUCGCUUUAUGAUGCCUUCGACAUUGACUCACAUUUCACUCACCAACAAUGAGAUCAUUUGGCUGCCCUCUGAUUUCCUCGCUGGCACCAGUGUCAAAUUUGCGAGUUUUGCCAACAACAAACUCAAGCAGUUUCCUCAGGAAGCAGUGCGUGGUCUCACUGACCUGGUAUAUCUUGGCGUCGAAGGAAACGAGAUAACUUCGAUAUCCAAAAGGAAUAUGAUAGCAUUGGAUACAAGUCCAAUGUUCCAACAUUUGAACUUGAGCAACAACUUAAUACGGACUAUAGCGGCAGGGGCAUUUAACGUCCUCCCUAAUCUACAGUUGCUCGAGCUUCACCAGAACAGCUUGGAAACACUCGCCUGGAAAGUCUUCUAUGAUCUCCCAGAGCUACUUUAUCUAGAUCUGAACAACAAUAAUUUGGAAACACUGCCAGCAAACUCACUGGUGAAUUUGCCAAAGUUACGGGAGCUCCGGCUUCACUCUCAGAAGACUCCGAUGACAUCUAUAGCAUUCAAUGCGUUCAAUGGAAUCAACAGUAACCUGUUCAUGCUGUGGGUCAGUGAUAAUAGUCUCCCCAACUAUCCCCACCAGGCUUUGGGAGAGGACAUUUAUCCAACGCUCGCUCAGGUACAUGCCGAAGACAACCAAAUCGUUAACCAUACGGACUAUGGUCAGGAGGCCUUUAGCAUCAAUCUACGAGCAACGUGGAAGGCGAGGUUGAAGACAUUUGUGCCCUUUGAGACAACCCCAAAUGUACAGACUCUGUGGUUGAGUAGCAACAGGAUAGAAGAGAUUGAAGAAGAUGAUUUCUGUGAGAUGACUAUAUUGACAAGACUGCAUCUAGCUGGUAAUCUCCUAACAGAAGACACAAUCCAUGUCACAGCCUGGGCUUGUAACUUGAGGCUUGAAUUUCUGGACUUAUCUUUCAAUCGCAUCCAAUACAUCCCUGAAGCAAUACGUCAUAGUACUGGAUUGCCUGCUAUUGAGGAGUUACGGUUACAGUCUAACAAAUUGACGUUUCUACAACGUUACGCCUUUUCUGAUCUAUCAACGUUAAAAACUCUUUGGUUACAUAAUAAUGGAAUAAUAUCUAUUGAAGAUGGAAGUUUUCCCGAGGACAACCUGAAUGAAUUAAGCCUGUACAAUAAUGAAUUCCGCUUUCUUCACUCAAACCCAUUCUCAAAUCUCGGGAACUUGGCAGAACUUUUGCUCUCAGGAAAUGACAUCACAGUUAUACCAGAUGAUGCUUUCCAUGGAUCUCCAAUUCAACAUUUGGAAUUGCAGUACAACAAAAUAGGCCGAAUAAUGAAGCCCCAUUUCAGAGAUUGUCCGAUGGGAACCAGGCUAUAUUUACAAAAUAAUGAUCUUGCUUACAUCGAAGAUGGCUCUUUUGACUAUUUUACCAGUGUGUUAGAAAUGGAUCUGAGCAACAAUAAGCUGACUAGUUUGCCAGUGGGGGGUGACUUUCAUGAUCUCAACCUGGACUAUCUGAACAUUGAAAACAACAGAAUCACACGUAUUAAAAAUGGAACUUUCAAAAACCUGGCCACCAAUGAAGACAUAAAUCUACAGACAAAUCGUAUCUCUGUGAUUGAGCCAAAUGCAUUUAACUCAGUGAACAGCAAAAAGAUUACCCUCCAAGACAACAUCAUACAUCAUGUCUAUACAGAAUCAUUCAUUGACGUGAAUGCAGACAACAUCUUAAUUGACAACUCUUUGCUUGAAGAGAUUCCUUACUGUACAUUCAAGAAUGUUGUUGCCAAGAAGUUGGACCUUUCAUCUGGAAAAAUCACAACAAUACAUGAUCAAGCUUUCUGUACUGUUGACGUGAACAAUCUCUUGUUGAACAACAAUCUCCUCUCCAAAAUUGAAGGUCGAUUGUUCUCUGAUGCAUGCAUAAUAGGAACCCUUUCUUUGAAAUCUAACUUAUUGAAGUCAAUCCCACCAGAGACGUUCCUGGGCCUAAGUGUCACCACAGUUUUAUUAGAGGAUAACCUUAUCUAUGUUUACCCAGCACAAGCCUUGUCUGAGAUCAACAACAUACAGCAGCUGAGUCUAGCCAGAAACCAGCUUGAGGAGAUUCCAUUGUUCUCAUUUGUAACAAUGAUCAACCUUAGGAGCCUGAACAUAGCUGAGAAUAAACUUAUCGAGAUCAAGGAUGAUGCUUUUGCACCAUUGAGUCUGCUAACUGAUCUGAUAUUGAAUAAUAACCAGAUACAGAGAAUACACGAUGGAGCCUGGAAUGGCCUCACUAACCUAAAGAACCUGGAGAUACAAAACAACCAGGUGGCAUACCUCCCACCAUUCCCUGAAGCUACACAAUUCGAAUCCUUGGAUGCCUCAAAUAACCAGAUUUUCGCAAUGGCUGACCUGCUGUUUAAUCUAACCAAAUCUGACUCUAUCAGCUCAGUGAACCUGUUAAAUAAUCCACUCGGCUGUAGUUGUAACAACUAUCUCUCCCUAUUGAAUGUGGCUGAAGCUAUAGUGGGUGGAGAAUGUUACUUUCCUCUCCCACGAAUUGUUCCUGCACUAAACUACACAUUUGCAAAAGGAUCUAAAGAUGAGAGCCAUUAUUUCUUGAAUGCAAAUGUUACAACAGAUGAUUUUCAAUGUCCUGGAUAUAAUGUCACGACUACAGCAUUGGCAGAGUAUGAACUAACAGUGAGUUGGGAACAACCGGCAGACCUUAUCUUACCAUGUUAUGUUAAUUGCCCGAAUGGAACAAAUAGUUCAAUCAGCCCUGCCAUGUUGGACUACAGAGUGGUAUGCAGUAGUUAUGUUGGUCCUGUAUUGACAUUUAAUCUGACCUCCCCAACAUCAGUUCUCAUAUUCAGCCAUACAUUUGGCCAAGCAGAUGGAGUGGUAGCAGGGGUGGACUAUAGCUGUACUGUACAGACUGAUGAUGCUGGCUAUACAAGUGCCAAGAGUGCUCCAUCUUAUAUUACCACCAUAGAGGUGCUAUCAAAUUUAGGUGGAGGAAAUCACCCAAGAGAUUAUAUAUUGGAAAUGUUUUUAACGGAUUUUAGCAGGGGUCACCCUGACUUCACUGGUCUCUCAGAGGCUGUGAUUGACAUGCCUGAAUAUGUAGAUAGUCCGUACGGGGCCUGGCUCAGUAUAUCAAACACACCAACUGCAGAUACAUUCUCUGAUUGGUUUAGAGAUGUGUCUCCCUCAAACCAUGUCUACAAAGAGAAUUUGACCUUGGCUUAUGUUCUUGGAACUGAUCCAUACAAAAAUAGAUACUUCGACUUUGACUUCUACCCUUUAGAUGGAAGAGGAUUCUUGGCAGAGGGUCAGAGAGAUUGCUCUAAUAUUGUGCACAACUUUGGGUUUACAAGCUCUAUUAGAGAAGGAUUUAUCUACCAAGGAGAUGAAGUGAUCGUCCUUGCUGGUGGUGAUGAGAUGUGGUUGUAUAUAAACAAGACACUAGUAUUACAACUGAUCACUGACCCUAAUGAUGUGAACAUUCCAUGCAUGUCAGUGGACCUCACCCCUGCAUCAAACUCUGGUGGAGGUCUAAUCACACCUGAAAUUGGGCUACUUAGUGGAAGUUACGACUGCCUCAGUCUGGUUCCUGUGACAUCACAAUCAGUGUGGCUGGAACUGGAGGUCGGAGAGACGUUUCACUUUGACAUGUUCCAUGUAGAAAGAUACUGGUGCAAGUCCAAGAUUUUCAUUGAGACUGUUGGCAUGGUAUUUGUACAGAAUGCAACGGAACAGCCUCCCUUAGAUUACUCAAUGACAGUUGGUGAGGACUUCCACAUCAAUGGUAUCAUAGGGACAGUUAACUUAAUAGACCAUUUUUCAUUUGGGCCUUAUACUUUGGAUAUUACAAGAGGUAAUGAAGGAAGGCACUUCACAGCUGUUGAGGACACACCUGCCAAUCAGGCACUAGGCGUUGCACCCCCUGUAGUACCCCCAACCUAUACAACCUUACCAGGCAUUAACAUCAGCUUUGUAGAAUGUUCAGUUCCAUCAGUAAUCACUCCAGAUCCAGACAUUCCUGGAAUAGAGAGUUUCUCUAUCUCCACAUCAACAUCCCUAGUUACCCUUGCAACCAGCCUAGACUAUGAGUACCUUGAUAAAUAUGUAUUAGUACUCAAAGUUACUGAUCAAGGUACCAUGCUAGAGGGAACCAUAUGUAUACGGAUAUUGCUCUUGGAUGUGAAUGACAACUGUCCUGAGUUAAGUCAAACUGCAUUCAAUAUUGAAGCUAUCCCUGCUUUAAAGCCUGAACCCUGGUUGUCCAUCAAUGUCAGUGAUAUUGACAGCGGUGUCAAUCAAGAUAUCAACUUUUACAUCUCCGAUACAAUCUCCAAUCCUCCACUAUCAGGUUGGAAUGAUACAUUUGACCUGUAUGAGGUGGUGUACAACCAGACCACAGACAUCACUGUCACAAUUGCUGCAAUAGACAAAGGCGACCCACCAAGGGGGAAAACUGCCACUGUGACGAUUACUCUCUGGAACACAUGUUUAAUAGAUGUCCUGCACCGGCCGGUUCCACAUUAUCCAUAUGUGUCCAAUGACACCGGAGAGUUUUACUUUAGCGUGCCUGGCUAUUGGGUCUAUAAUUAUCCAUGCCGUGACACCAUUGGAAUUGCUAAUGCAAUCAUUUAUGAUGAGCUGAUGGAUGCCUCAACGCAUCACUUCCUGGGGUAUCCAGGCAGAGGAAGAUUGAACAUGACUUUCGAGUCAUACAAGUUGUUGAGUGGUGGCUGGGUGGCUGAUGUAUCUGAUACGGCACAGUGGAUACAGGCAGACCUUAUGGAACCUCAUAUUAUACAUCAGAUUCAGCUACAGGGCAGAGAAGAUGAAAAUGAGUGGGUAACACAAGUGAGAAUUCUCUACAGCAACAAUACACUGGGACCCUUUGUGACAUACACAGAUGAUUCAGCAGUUACUGACUUCCCUGGUUCAAGCGAUAGGAACACUAUCGUACUAAUAGACCUCGUACCCCCUCUAUAUGGCCAAAUUGUGAGGCUCAAUCCAAGGGCAUGGUUUGGACAAAUUGCUUUGAGAUUUGAGGUUGUUGGCUGUCCUAUACAAAAACAGUUUUACCAUGAUGUCAACUGUCAGAGGUGUGUGGCAGGGUACUAUUGUGAGGGAGAUGGCCUACAUCACCCAUGUGGCUGGUGUGACCCUGACAGUAACACUACAUGUAAUGCUAUACCCUCUGAACAUUCUUAUGGUGAAUCUUCCCAAUGUGAACCAUGUCCAGAAGGCCAUAUUUGUCACCAGGGUCUUGCAGAGUACUGCCCUGAGUUCCAUUACAUCUACUGCACCAAUACAUGCCCUGCUACAUGCACACAGUGUGAGACCGGGUAUGCUUGUAAUGCAGGCCUCAAAUAUGCAUGCCCAAAUGGAACAUAUUCUGAUGGCUAUCAAACUGAGUGUUUAAUGUGUGAGCCAGGGACAUAUCAAGAUCUCCCCCUGCAAGACCACUGUAUAAACUGCCCCACAGGUUUCUAUAGCAGCGCCAUGAAAGACCAGUGUAGCUGGUGCCCUGAGUUCUCAUAUUCAAAACCAGAUGGCACUGGAUGUGUAGCAUGUGACCCCAGUGUGUGUGCAUGUAUGCAGGAUCCCUACCCCUGUUUUGAAGAUGACCAAUCCAGGGUUCCCUGCCAUGACCUUGAUGGAGGGGGCUUCACGUGUGAUGGUUGUCCAGGAGGUUACUCAGGAGAUGGCGUCACUUGUGUUGAUGUGGAUGAGUGUUUUGCUGACAAGCCAUGUUUCUGGGAGCGUUGUCUGAACACUGUACCAGGCUACCAGUGUUACGAGUGCCCUGAGGGGUAUAAUGGUACCUAUGAGGAUGGCAUCACUGUUAUUGACACUAUGAGGGUAUUCCAGUACCACAAUUAUGAACUAGAUGGGAUACAGUACCAAAGAUGCUGGGAUGUUGAUGAAUGUCUUAUCAACAAUGGUAGAUGUGAUCCACAUUCUACAUGCUUCAAUGCUGUGGGUAACUUCUCAUGUGGGCCAUGUCACAAGGGUUACCUAGGCAACCCAUAUUGCACAUGUUACCCUGACAACUUCUGUGAAACUGGACAGCACACCUGUGAUGGUAAUGCAACUUGUACCUACCUUGGCCCUGCAGCCUAUAGAUGUGAUUGUAUAGAUGGUUAUUCCGGCAAUGGCUAUGUCUGCGACAUUGACUUUGAUCUUGAUGGCCGACCUUACAGAAACAUCCCAUGUGAAGAUCCUGAGUGUUACAGAGAUAACUGCCCCAACCUACCAAACAGUGGCCAGGAGGACAAUGACAGUGACAGUGCUGGAGACUAUUGUGAUGAUGAUGACGACAAUGAUGGUAAACCAGACUGGGCAGAUAAUUGUCCAUUGGUGUUCAACCUUAACCAGGCAGAUACUGAUGGUGAUGGCAUCGGAGAUGCAUGUGAUAACUGCCCUAGUGUUAAUGAUACAGACCAGACUGAUACUGAUUUAGAUGGACUUGGAAACCCUUGUGAUUCUGACAUAGAUGGAGAUGGCACAGCUAAUGGAGCAGACAACUGUGUGUAUAUUGCUAAUGACCAGACCAAUGCAGAUGGUGAUCUCUUUGGUGAUGCAUGUGAUAACUGUCCUAUAGUGUCCAACAAUGUUCAGACUGACACCAACCAGAAUGGCUACGGAGAUGCAUGUGAUGGUACCACCAACAUUGACCAAGAUGGCGAUGGUGUCCCAGACUCAGCAGAUAACUGUUAUUUUGCCGUCAAUCCAAGCCAAGCAGAUACAGACAAUGAUGGCAUAGGUGAUGCAUGCGAUGAUGAUAUGGAUGGAGAUGGAGUAUCUAAUGAAGUGGACAAUUGUCUUUAUGUACCAAAUAGUGGCCAAGAAGAUAAAAAUGAUGAUGGCAUUGGAGAUGUAUGCACGGGUGAUACUGAUGGAGAUGGUGUGUUGGAUCAGUAUGAUGCAUGCCGAAAUAACAAAUAUAUAAACACUACUGACUUUUUUCACUCUACUUACAUCGACCUUGACCCCACUGCUGUGAACUCUAUUGACCCCAGGUGGGAGAUUAUACAUGAUGGCAAAGAAAUCAGACAGUUGGAGGAUGCGGUAGAGAAACCUGUCAUGUUAAUUAGUAAAGCAAGUUAUGAGACCUUGGACUAUAGUGGUACAUUUUAUGUGAGAUCUGAUGAUAAAGACAACUACAUAGGCUUCGUGUUUGGUUACCAGAAUAACCAGAAGUUCUAUGUGGUCAUGUGGCAGUCUAAUAAUACCAAUAAGGACCUCACCGCAUAUAGAGGCGGGUUGAGAGGUUUACAAAUCAAGGUAGUUACAUCCAGUACAGGCCCAGGGAAAGCCCUAGGUAAUGCUUUGUGGCACAGUGCUGACACACCAGGGCAGGUUAAGGUCAUCUGGCAUGACCCUGGUAUGACUGGAUGGGUACAUAGGACCCCCUAUAGAUGGCACUUAUAUCAUAGACCAACCAGUGGUCGUAUAAGAUUUCGCCUGGUUGAGGGUAACGCAACAGUAAUUGAUAGUGGUAACAUCUACGAUACAACAAUUCCUGGAGGUCGUAUUGGGGUUUUCUCAUAUAACCAGCCUCAGUGUGUAUGGUCUUACCUAGUGGCUAGGUGUGAGGAUAGGAUCAAUGAAGCACUGUUACUUGAUGGUGUUGAUGACUAUGUUGAACUUGGUACCAUAGCUGAACUUGGCAUUGUUGACAGUUUUACAUUCGAGACAUGGUUGAUGCUGCCCGAUAGUUAUAGCUCUACCAAGCAGCCAAUCAUAUGUACAGAUAAUAGUGUACUGUGUGUUUACAUAGAGAAUGGGCUCCUCAAGGGGCAAUAUGGGACUACAAUAAUAGAGGGCGCCACUACCAUACAGGCGGAAUAUUGGCACCAUGUCACUAUGAGAUAUGACGCUCAAAAUUAUAUACUAAGCCUAUAUAUCAAUGGGACCUCCCUGUCUGCACCUAAUCCUGAAGCUGUACAACAUGACAUAUCCCCUGUAUGCUGGAACAUAGAUGAGCUUGGGCUAUGGAAACACUGUGAUGAUGUCAUCAACAAUGAUACUACACUAUAUCUGGGUACAGAAAACAAAACAGCCUUCUUCCAAGGCAAAGUAGAUGAGGUGAGAUUAAGCAACAUUUACCUUCAAAAUACUGAACUGGAUGGUCACAUGACCUCAGCUGGUUUAUGGUGGCAGAAACAUAAACAAUAUGGUCUGGUCCACCUUGAUAUGGAUGAGAAUGAUGAUGAUGUCAUACUACAAGAUAAGGGGAAUGCUGCACAUAAUUGUACCAUGUAUGGGGCACCACAAUUUGUUAUGAGUUACAAAAACCGCGGGCGGUUUGAGAACACCUAUACAAAUAACAGAAGAUAGCACACGAGUCAUGAAGUUAGACGAAUUAUCACAAGUUUUAAUUUUAUAUGGGAUGACAGUUCAAUGGACUGAUGUUUGUUUGUGCCAAAUUGUCUAUAAAAUGGUACUUUAUUCACACGAGAUUUACUUGACAACUGUCCCUCGUUUUGUGAGAGAAGAUUAGGCAAUUUUGGUCAGAAGAAAUCCUCCGAAAUAUACAAUACUGAGACAAUUGAAUUAGACAGCUGACUAGCCUACUUUUAUGAUUUAAUACAAAGGUAUGAUUGUUUUAGUUGUGUUUGCUAGGAGGCACUAAAUGUUCACAUUCUGUGAGUUAGAUAAGUCAUGGGCUUUCAACUCUAGUUGAAAGCCCAUGGAUAAGUGUAGAAUUUUGUAAGUUAUUUAUCUUUAUUGAUCCUUGUCUUCGUCCUUGAUCAGUUUAUGUUAUAUGGAAGUUCAACAACAUUUGAUAUGCAUAAUAUGGGAUAGUAAAUCUCUGAAGUAUUUAUACAAUUUAAGAUUAUGUGAGCUAUAAAAUGUGACCUCAAUAGCAUCAGUGAUCAAAAUAAUGAACAAGGAUCAUUCAAUAAAAACUACUCAUUUUCAUAUAUUGUUUUUUUAUUGAACAUACC